UUUUAUAGUAAUUUACCUAACAAAAUGCUUAUGUAGCCUAGACGUGUAAUGAACCAUAAGCGUGGGCGGUUGUCUUAGUUACGUAUAUGAAGGCACAUUCCGAAUGAUCAUUCCGAAACAUAAAUGUUUGUUAUCUACAGGUUUACUCUACUAUACCAUAAUUUGUGUUGCUAUUAUUGUAUUGCAGACUCUGUAGGCCUGUUACAACUCAAGAUCCUUUGUCACGACGAUUUUAGCUGUGUUAUACAGAGAAACCAGAACAAGUAUAAUUUGAAGGGUUGUUCGUGCUCAUGCGUACUGUAGGCGGGACUGACGCGUAUAAAUUAGCAGGAAGAUCGUUUGACCGGAGUGACAGACUGUCAACGAGGAGGCAUCUGUCAGACACCACCAGCACGGUCUGUGUCUGUUAGAAAUAGCAGGAUAUUAAUCAACGAGUCCACACCAAGGCCGAUUCCAAAUGUCCUGCUGAACCAGCUUCAUCAGAGAGCCGCUGCAGUCAAAGCGAUGGCCGUCUACUCCUCACAGAGUCAAGCCUCAAACUCAGCGAGGGUCAGAGCAACUUGCCUUUAAAUCCCAGAUCUGGCCAUUUAGCACCAUCGCUGUACAUCAUGGUACCUGUGGACUAUGGCAAACUGCUGGAGGAAGGCGAAAGUGGCACCUCGGCCGACAGCUACCGAAAUGGCAUCUUCGCGGGCAGCGGGGGUCUCUCGGACGACGAUGAAGCAUGUCCCUUAGAGUCGGAGCUCCUUCUGCCCGCGGCUGCCCUCUUUGUGGAGGAAGGGCAUCAGGCCAGGGGGGCAGAGCCGCCCAAAGCUGCCCUGAAGAUGCCCAGAGAGUCCGCCUUGGCCAUGGCACUGCAGAUCCUAUUGCCCUUCCUGCUGGCAGGCUUUGGCACAGUGUCUGCCGGCAUGGUACUCGACGUGGUGCAGCAUUGGGAGGCCUUUCAGAAUGUCACUGAGAUCUUCAUCCUGGUGCCGGCCCUUCUAGGCCUCAAGGGGAACCUGGAGAUGACUCUGGCAUCCAGACUAUCAACGGCGGUGAACGUAGGGAAGAUGGACUCUCCCACUGAGAAGUGGAACUUAAUAGUUGGCAACCUGGCACUGAAGCAGGUGCAGGCUACGGUGGUGGGCUUCCUGGCCGCCAUGGCAGCCACGGCCCUGGGUUCGAUUCCCGAGGGCAAGUUUCAGAUGGGACACGCCUUGCUGCUCUGUUCCAGCAGUGUGGCGACCGCCUUCAUCUCAUCGCUGUUGCAAGGCGGCAUCAUGGUGGGCGUCAUCGUCGGCUCGAAGAAAAAGGGCAUCAACCCCGACAACGUGGCCACGCCCAUCGCCGCCAGUUUCGGUGACCUCAUCACUCUGACUAUCCUGGCAUGGGUCAGCCAGGGCCUGUACAGCUGCCUGGAUUCGCAGCCGUACGUGUCCAGCCUCGUCUGCGCCUCCUUCCUCUCCCUGACUCCAGUCUGCAUCCUGGUCUCCUGCUGGCACCCUGCCAGUCACUCACUGCUCUUCUCGGGCUGGGAACCAGUCAUCUCCUCCAUGGUCAUCAGCAGCUUUGGAGGACUCAUCCUGGACAAAACCCUGUCGAAUCCGAACCUGGCUGGCAUUGUGGUCUAUACCCCCGUAAUUAACGGUAUUGGAGGGAAUCUCGUUGCCAUCCAGUCCAGCCGAAUCUCCACAUACCUGCACUUCCACAGCACGCCUGAAGAGGUGCCAGCGGAGGCCCAGGUCUGUUACCAGCCCUGCUUGACCUUCUGCGGCACAGGACCCAACCACCGCUCAGCCCAGGUGCUGCUCCUCCUCGUCAUUCCAGGUCACGUGGUCUUCCUUUACGUCAUCAGCCUGAUGAAGAGCGGCCACACCACCCUCACACCCGUUUUCGUGGCCGUCUACCUGGCCGCCGCCCAGCUGCAGGUCAUCACCUUGCUCUGCGUUGCUGAUUGGUUGGUGCACUGCAUGUGGCGCAAGGGCAAGGACCCGGACAGCUUCUCCAUCCCGUACCUGACGUCCCUGGGGGACCUGCUGGGCACCGGCCUCCUGGCCCUUGCCUUCCACUUCCUGUGGGCCAUCGGGGACCGGGACGGUGACGUCGGAGACUGAGGCAGCAGGGAUUAUCCCUGAGAGCCUCGAAGACGCGGCGGUAAUUCCAAGCACGUCCCACACUGUCGUACGUGGCCGUGCCUGGUGACCGGAAGGGCAUUUCUUCUGUUCUGCAUUGUACCGGAGGGAAGAAACUCCUCAAUAAUUCAUCCCAUCAAUGAGAAGCCAUCACAGCCAGAAAAAAAUGUCAGAGGUACCUUUGGCUCAGGAUUUAAAGCGGAUAAAGGGAGGAACACUACUUUGCAGCCUUUAGAUCUGCAUUUGUCGAAAUUGGGCAUUGUAUUUUGAAAGUCACGGAGCCAGUGGAGUACUUUGGUCGUGGGGUUUCUUGUGAUCCAAGAACAAACACUAAUGUCUGUGAUCUCCACCACUGGAGUCUUGAUCCAAUUUUGACUUAGACAUUAGCCUUAGAUUGUUAGCCACCACUGCCUGACCCAGUGAGACCCCGCCCACCGCUGUGGAUUUUCAAGGUUAAAGGUGCCCCGUCACUCAUAUGAGGCUCCGCCCACAGUUGUGGAUGUUCAGAUGGUGGGUUAUGGGGUUUCCUGGUCAAACAAACAGUAUUUUUGUAUGCAAAUGUUAUAAUUUAACAACAAACAGAUAAUUUAAGCCAAAUGCAAUUGUUUGCUUGAUAGUGAUGCAUUUGUUUUCUGCAGAACCCUAACUAAAAUAUACAAUACACAGGUAUGACGGUCAAUUUGGUCUUACUGUAUAAGCAAAACCUGACCUCAAAUUCAAACAUUUCUGUUUCCAAGUGGUUGACCAAAAGGGGGAUUAAAUUAUACUGGUGAAUCUGAGAUGCGGCAUCAGUUUGUCCCCUUCCUUUGUUGCCAAAGGCCCCCCAGGUAUCCAUCCCAUGAAAUAAAGCUUUAU